GAUCCGGUCACCGGAAAACCAUAGAGCUGGGGCUGCAAGUUCUCGCGAGAGUUACUCGCCAAUCUCCAGGGUGACGGUACACACGCUGGGCCAGGCGAAGAUGGCGUCCGGGCGGCGGGCAGCGCCCUGAAAGGCCGGGACAUGGCGGAGGCCCUGCAGACCAAAAUAGUUGAAAACCAGCCCUAUGAUGAGAGUCUAGAGAUUAACGACUCAGAAGAGGUUGCCAGUAUCUACACUCCAACUCCACGGCAGCUAGGUCCUAGGUCCACACGCCCACAGCUCAAAAAUAUGGCUGAUAACAGCAGUGAUGAGUAUGAUGAAGAAAUAAACAAGGAGAAGAAGGUAGCCCAGUUGGCCCCCCAGCAAGGAUUUAGUGAGAAUGAGGAUGGGGAGGAUGAAGAUGAUUCGUCUGAAACUGACUCGGAUGAUGACGAUGAUGAAGAGGAGCAUGGAGCCCCUCUGGAGGGUGCCUACAACCCUGCAGAUUACGAGUAUCUACCAGUGUCUGCAGAUAUUAAAGAGCUCUUCCAGUAUAUAAGGAGGUACACUCCACAAAUGAUAGAGCUUGAACACAAACUGCAGCCUUUCAUUCCAGACUUCAUUCCAGCUGUUGGGGACAUUGAUGCCUUCUUAAAGGUUCCACGUCCUGAUGGGAAGCCAGAUAACCUUGGCCUGUUGGUACUGGAUGAGCCAUCCACAAAACAGUCAGAUUCCACAGUGCUCUCUCUCUGGUUAACGGAAAACUCCAAACAGCACAACGUUGCACAGCAAAUAAAAGUGAAGAGCUUGGAGAAUGCAGAGAAGAAUCCCAAAGCCAUUGAUAACUGGAUCGAGAGCAUCAGCGAGUUACAUCGCUUCAAACCUCCUGCUACUGUUCACUACACCAGGCCAAUGCCUGAUAUCGAGACUCUGAUGCAGGAAUGGUCCCCAGAAUUUGAGGAGCUUUUGGGAAAGGUAAGCCUUCCAACUGCGGACAUCAACUGCGGCCUGGCUGAGUAUAUUGACAUGCUAUGUGCUAUUCUGGACAUUCCUGUCUAUAAGAGUCGGGUCCAGUCCCUGCACGUCCUCUUCUCGCUGUAUUCAGAAUUCAAGAACUCACAGCAUUUCAAAGCCCUGGCUGAAGGGAGAAACGUAGGGAGUCCUCCAUCGAAUCCACCCUCACAAGCAGGAGAGACAGAAGUGUUAAGCUUCAGCUGAGAAAAAGACCCUUUCUUCAUGAGCUGGGGCUGCACCUAGGAGUAGAGCCUUCGCCUAAGCCAAACAGCAGAGCAAGGCAAAGCAUUACUGAAACCUCUAUCUUUUCUGUAUGUACUGGCAGAUGGACAGCGUACGACUCAGAUGAAUUAGUAGAGGUUAGAAUUUAGCUCAUGGUGUUUAAUUGUAAAUGCUGCAUGACCCCUUUUCUUUGGCUCAUUCCCAGAGGAUUCAGCAUUAAACAAGUGCUUGCGAGUGGGAGUACCUCA